AUGGAGCAGCAGCGGGUCACUGCCGCGGCCUCCACACACACACCGGAGGAGCGAGCGGAGGGCCAGAGUUCAGUGAAGAAACACCAUCACACACACAGACUCAAGCGCCGGUAUGAAGUGCUGGAGACGCUGGGUACGGGCACGUACGGCAAAGUCAAGCGCGCGGUGGCGAGACAGUGUGGAAAAACGGUGGCUAUUAAAUCCAUUAGAAAGGAGAGAUUAAGGGAUGAUCUGGAUAGGGCACACAUCCAGAGAGAAAUUGAAAUCACCGCCUCUCUUACGCACCCAAAUAUCAUCCGCCUAUACGAGGUGUUUGAGAGCGUGGAGAGGAUUGUGAUGGUGAUGGAGUAUGCGAGUGGAGGAGAGCUUUACGAGUACAUUCAGGAGAAACAGAGACUGUCAGAGGAUGAGGCUAGACACUUCUUCGGACAGAUCACCUCUGCUGUGCACUACUGCCAUAAAAAUGGUGUGGUUCAUCGUGACCUCAAACUCGAGAAUGUACUUCUGGACAAGGACUUAAAUGUGAAGCUAGCUGACUUUGGCUUGUCCAACCGCUACACGCGAGGCCGACGUCUGGACACUUUCUGCGGGAGUCCCCUGUAUGCUUCACCAGAGAUCGUCAACGGACUUCCAUACUACGGCCCUGAGGUGGACUGUUGGUCUCUUGGUGUGCUGUUAUAUGCUCUGGUUUACGGCUCCAUGCCCUUUGAUGGCACGAGUUACAGCAUCCUUAAAGAGCAGAUCCGCCAGGGACGAUACAAGACACCUGAUAUCCCAUCGGAGGCCUGUUCAUUGAUUGGAUGGAUGCUCACAGUAGAAGUAGAGGACAGAGCCACUAUGGAGGACAUAACCAACCAUUGGUGGCUAAACCAAAACACUCCCAACUUCCCACAUGCUUCAUUCUCAGGAGUUACAGAGAUUAAAUUACAAAGAUAA